AUGACGCCGCCGGCCAAGACAUUCACCCGCGCUGAGGUGCGGGAGCACACUACGGAGGAUUCACUUUGGUGUAUCAUCGAUAGUAUUGUUUAUGAUCUGUCCGAGUUCGUUAUUGCCCACCCUGGAGGCGAGAGUGUCCUGCACCAGGUGGCUGGGCAAGAUGCCACGACCGCCUUCUACAACCUGCACCGGCAAGAAGUCCUUACCAAGUACGCUGAUCUUGCUAUUGGAACGAUCGAGGGUGAGAAGCCGCAGGUUAUUGUUCCGAAACCCGGCGAUCUCAGCCCGGUUCCCUACGCUGAACCCCUGUGGUUGGUCCAGCAUUUCAAGAACCCAUACUACAACGACUCUCACCGUCGUCUGCAGAAGGCUUUACGUGAAUUCACAGACAAGUAUCUGACCCCAGAGGCUCAGGAGUGUGAGACCACAGGACGAAGCAUCAGCCAGGAGAUGAUUGACCUCAUGAGCAAGAAGGGAAUUCUUCACAUGAGACUUGGCCCCGGAAAGCAUCUCCAUGGCGUCGAACUGAUGGAUGGCGCUGUUAAGGGAGAGGAAUUUGAUUACUUUCAUGACCUGAUUGUUGCCCAGGAGUUCGCCAGAACCAUGACCCGUGGCUUUCAGGACGGCAACAUGGCAGGCAUGACCAUUGGCCUGACUGCCGUGCUUAAUUUCGGCAAUAACGAGGCCUGGAAGAAGAAUAUUGCCGACCAAGUCUUUAGUGGCAAGAAAAAGCUCUGCCUGGCUAUUACGGAAGCCUUUGCUGGUUCCGAUGUGGCCAAUAUCAGAACAACUGCUCAGAAGACCCCUGAUGGCAAGCACUACAUUGUGAAUGGUACCAAGAAAUGGAUCACCAACGGUACCUUCUGUGACUACUUCAUCACCGGGGUUCGCACAGACAAAGGCCUCAGCGUUGUUCUAAUUGAGAGAGGCGAAGGUGUCGAGACCAAGCCCAUCAAGACAUCGUACUCUCCCACCGCCGGGACUAGUUACGUAACCUUUGACAACGUCAAAGUCCCCGUCGAGAACCUCCUGGGCCAAGAGAACAAGGGUAUCCAUGUCAUUCUCAGCAACUUCAACCACGAAAGGUGGACCAUGGUUUGCGGCUCCAUCCGAAACUCCCGCAUGAUUGUCGAAGAAUGCCUCAAGUGGGCUAACCAGCGUCUUGUCUUUGGCAAGCGUCUCAUUGACCAACCCGUCAUCCGUAAUAAGCUCGCCAAGAUGAUUGCUCUCGUCGAAGCCAACCAGUCAUGGCUCGAGACAAUCACAUACCAAAUGUGCCACAUGCCUUACAAGCAGCAGGCCCAGCAUCUUGCCGGACCAAUCGGUCUCCUCAAAAUGAGUACUACCCGCGCCGCACACGAAAUCGCCGACGAAGCCGUCCAGAUCUGGGGAGGCCGUGGACUGACACAGACUGGCAUGGGUAAACAUAUCGAAAUGUUCCAUAGAACCUAUAAAUUCGACUCGAUUCUCGGAGGAGCCGAAGAAAUAUUAGCGGAUUUGGGUGUCAGACAGGCCAUGAAGAACUUCCCCAAGGCUAUGUUGUAA